CUGGCCUCGAGAUACCAGACCAUUCUGAAGACAUUCCUAUUCUGCUCAGGUUCACUGCUGGUGCGACCUCGAAGUUCUGCUCCACGGGAGCUGAAUGGCAAGCAAGAACAAUACUCUUCAUUGUUACACAACAAGUCUCCAGCUCCAGUGUGAUAAAAGAAAGAUUACAGCACAUAUUGGAGGUGACUUCAUUCUUAACUGCAAAUAUGACACAAGCCGAUUCAUGUACAGUAAAAAGUACUGGUGCCGAGGAGACAACAAAAACACCUGUGAGAUUCUGGUGGACUCAGAACUCGUUGUUAAAACCAGACGGAGGUUUCAUAUACUAGACGCAAGAAAAAGAGGGCUGUUUGUCAAAGUCACAAACCUCCAAUUUGAUGACACUGGAGUGUACUGGGUUGGGAUUGACAAAGUGUAUGCCGACAUCAUGACUAUGAUUAAUAUUCAUAUCACUGAAGUUCCAGUAUCUAAACCCAGACUUUGGCCCCUGAGCUCUCUGGUGGCCAUGCCAACAUGCAGGGGGCAGCCAGUGACUGUGCGCUGUGGUUGUACAAAGGGCACUGGCAUUCGUUACGCCCGGUAUCAACGCACUUACCACAAGGACUUACAUCUGGGCCUGUCAUCAGACUUGCACCUACACUGCGGCACAGUGGAGAAGGACAGUGAUUAUUACUGUAUUGCCAGUAAUGACAUAAGUAGACAGGAAAGCGAGAUCCUCUCUGUGCAGGUUCUGAUGCCUGCAGACAGCAGCUGCAUCUAUGUUGUUAAUAUGCAGGGCCAACCCAUUUAUGACUGUGCUGACGGAAUGAGCACCACCAUGUCCCAAACUCCACCGCUGACUGCCUGCCAAGCCACCACCAAAAUCCACACUGACACAGGAAACCAGUCUUUACAGAUCAAUCAAACUCAUCAAGAUCUGUUUUUAAACAGGGCAUGGACAGGGGUGCCACUCUGGUAUGCACUGCUACGUUGGGGUUCUUUUGCUUCCUUGUUGAUAUAUCUGUGCCUAGUUCUUAAAUGUACAAAAACAAGACAUUAGAAAAUGUGUCAAGAGGAAGAGUAAGGUUCAUUUCAAGCAAUUGCCCAAUUUGGCUCAGUGAUCUUCAUUUUACAGUGGUAGUUCUGUGAAAGUCAUAUCAGCCUCUGUGGCAUUUGUUUUGUGGUUUUAUUGUCUGGGUCAUAAUGAGUGUCAGCAUGUUUAUCAUGGGUGUCUUAUUGCAGCAUUUAUCAAUACAGCUUUCUUGCAAAUGCCACUAACAAAACAUGCAAAUCAUCUGAGCCCCUUCUUCACCGGGCUUUCCAUCUCGUUUAUUUUAAAAUAUGAAAAAAAAGAAAGAUCUGUCCCCAUGUUUGUCUUUCCAUUCUUUAGUCAUACAAUAGGAAAUUAUCAAGCAAGGGAGGUCCUGAAGCACGAAUUCUUUCAGAAGAAAACCAAACCCACAAACCAUGAACAACGCAGCCCUUAUCUUGAUCAUGUUCAAACCAACUAGAUCUUGAUGAAAUAAAUGCUGUGGUUCUGAUUUCUAGUAUGUUUGCUGUAUUUUGAUACAUACAUGAGUGUGAUUUGUGUGUGUGUGUGUGUGUGUGUGUCUAUUCAACCCACAAACACACACAGACCUAUACAUAUACAAACACAUAAAUACAUAUAUUUCUCCAUUUCUUCCCAGUUGCUGGCAUAUAUUUAUGUUUGUACUUGUGGCAUUAGCUCACCUGUAGUGGAAUAGUGAAUGUUUAUUUUCUUUGUAAAGCUGGUCUUUGUUCCAUUGUUGUAGUUUCUAUUUAGUGGGUGUAAACCAAUUACAGGCACAAGUAGGGCAUGGAAAUAUGAUGAUGAGUGAUGCAAGCCUAACAUGAACAAGGAUGGUUUCUUCAGAUUAUGAGGUAAUGCAAAUACCUCACCCACAUAUUGGUAACUAAUCUCUUUUAUAAAAAAUGAAUCAGUGGUAGGCUGUUUUAUGGGGAGGAAAUAUAUUGUAGUCUUAGUCAUAAGACCAGUUGAUAAAAAUGUCAAAGGUCGACAGGACUAUAUAACAGCUGCCAGAAAGGAUUAAGUAUUAAGUUAUAAUAUGAGUUUAAAUGUCAAAAUAUAAAAAAUAAAUAAAUAAAUAAAAAAAUAAAA